GAGUGUUUCUCGCUUAUUUCCUUUUCGUGAUAUCUCGUUUCACGUUCGCACGCCGAGGUGUUAAAUUGCUAUUUACACAAUGUAGCUCACGCGCAAAGUCAUGCGAACUUCUCUGGGUGUCUUGACGAUCCUUCAGCCCUCAUCUGACUUGGAAAUUUCAUGUACUGUCGAGCCGAAAUAGCCUAGAGCUGUUUUAAAACAGUAUGAGUAGUAAACGCGCGCGUUAAAAAUAAAACCGCACUGGCGUUUCAGACAAAGAACCUUCUCCAUGUCAGCCAAGGGGCGAUUUUGACCAAUCAUUUGCUCUUUGUGACAACUGAAUCCAAUAGAGCUGAACGUUCCUAAGCCCCGGGGCAAUUUUUAAGUCACAACUGUUAAAGAGCCCUUGAACCUCCGCUUGACAGGCCGACCAUAUAUAGUAAUCGUCUCCAGGGAUACCGGACAGCUCCAACAGAUUAUGUCAAAGUUCAGCUUUUUCAGACAUGACACGGGCUGAUGUUUUUGCAUAGUGAGGUAUUGUCGCUCGCGCACCGAUCGUCCUCUGUGUCGCUACAUAUCUACAUAUGCCACUUAGCUUGCAUGAAAAAAGCAUUCGCGCAACAGAUUUUGAGCCGAUCCUAAUUUGCCGGGUGGUAUGGCCGUGGUUCCAGUCUCAACAACAUGGUGCACGGAGAAGACCGAACCGGUGGAGGAAUCGUCCGAAAAAAAUGUGCAGCAAGUGGAAUGCGCAGUCUGCGGUGACAAGUCCUCUGGCAAGCAUUACGGCGUGUUUACCUGUGAAGGCUGCAAGUCGUUUUUCAAGCGCAGCGUUCGUCGUAACCUCAGCUACACUUGUCGAGCUUCACGCAACUGCCCUAUCGAUCAACAUCAUCGAAACCAGUGUCAGUACUGUCGGCUGAGAAAGUGCAUCAAAGUCGGCAUGAGGCGCGAGGGUACGGCCGUUCAGCGAGGUCGCAUCCCUCCAACGCAAGUUCCGCAACCGAGUCCCCAGCAUCCCUCGCUAAAUGGCGGCGAUGUAGCCAAUGGCCACUCGUUUUUAUCCGGAUUCAUCAGCCUGUUGCUCAGAGCUGAGCCGUAUCCCACGGCCCGGUACCAGCAGGGUUUGAACAUGCCUUGUGGUAUCAUGGGCAUCGAGAACAUCUGUGAACUGGCGGCUCGUUUGCUGUUCAGCGCUGUGGAAUGGGCUAGGAAUAUUCCCUUCUUCCCGGAUCUAGCUGUGACGGAUCAAGUCGCUCUCUUGCGUUUGGUGUGGAGUGAGUUGUUUGUGCUAAACGCCGCCCAGUGUCCGAUGCCGCUUCAAGUUGCCCCUCUUCUUGCCACUGCUGGCAUCCACUCGAACCACAUGUCCCCAGACAGAAUGGUGACAUUUAUGGAUAAUGUUAGAAUCUUCCAAGAACAGGUUGAAAAGUAUCGAAAUCUCCACGUGGACGCUGCAGAAUUCGCUUGCCUCAAAGCCAUCGUUCUCUUCACUUCAGAUGCCUCCGGUUUGACUGACCCACAGUAUAUCGACAGCCUGCAGGAAAAGACACAAUGUGCUUUGGAGGAGUAUACAAGGAAUCAGUACCCGAACCAACCUACUCGUUUUGGAAAAUUGUUGUUGAGGCUGCCGUCUUUACGCAGUAUCAACUCGUCCAUUGUCGAACAACUUUUCUUUGUUCGUCUUGUGGGUAAGACGCCAAUCGAAACCUUGCUUAGAGAUAUGUUAUUGUCAGGAACGCCUACGAGCUGGCCUUAUCUUCCUUGCUCUUAAAGACACCCGACGAGGAGAGAAUUGAGCGUUCCUCUAAAUAGCUAACGCUAACACGACCCCUUGCUGUUCUUCAAAAGAACACUAAACGUUUUCAACUUGUUCAAAAUUUGUUAGAAGAAUACGGGCUUUAAGCCCUAAAACCUUUAGUAUUUUUUAGGUAGCGAUUUAUAAAGGAUAUUUGUCGUGCGUUGGAGAACUUAUAGUAUUUUAUAAGUAUUUGCAGAGGACACAGAAUGGAACUCGUUCCAAAAGUGAAACUAGAAGGUAUGAUUUUCGAUAUUAGUGACGGAGGUGAUGUUCGAACUAUAUAUGUUAUGUAAAUACGUUUCAAUUCUAGACGCUCGUACGAGACUUCUCACGAAGUUCGUGGAAAGACUGGUUAAUAGAAGUUGUAUAGGAGUUAUAUAGUUUGUUUUUUUACACUGCAGUGUGUCUUCGAGGUAGCUUAGCUAUUUGUUAAUGUAUUUUUUCUUCAUCGAACUAUAAGUUCGCUGUGUGUUUGAUUCCAUGUUUAAGGCCCGGCCAGUGUUGCUUAAAGCAACAACAUUGUAGGUAGAAUUUUCUAAGCUGUGUGUCAGAAAUUGAAUGUCCAAGACAUUAUCACUGAAAUUAUACAAAAUUAAAAGAGAA